UCGGAUUCGUUGCUCGCCCAAAAGCCGCGACUAUUCCCCCAUCAAGCUCGUACAAUUAAAAUCGAAGCAGGAUACCAAAAACAUACAAUCAUACAAAAUGCGGUGCGGUUUAAGUAAAUAAACAGUCAAACGUUUGUUAAAAACAACAAGUGCAUCGAGCACAGCACACCCCGAGUGAAGCAGAGAUUCUGUGGAGUGAUUUAAUCAAAGAAAACACACAGCAAAAUGUCGACCAUUGUGGAACAGGCAGCCACAGCGGGCACUCCGAACGCAACUGGAAUAUCCAACUCAACCGUAGUUGCAGCGGCGGAAACUUCCGCUCCGGGAGCAGCGUUGUCGGAAAUUGAGCAACUGCAGCAGGCAUUAAUCGAGAAGCAGACGCAGCUUUAUAAUCUGGAAACGGCUUGCCUACGGGAAACGGAACGGCAGGUGGAACUGGAGGAUAGUGUGAUUGCGUGGCAGGAUAAGUACGAUCGGUUGUACGAGUCGCAUAAGCGUGUCCAGAAGGUCAAUCAGAGUCUGGAGGAUAAGAUGCUCAAGCUGGUGGACCGGAAUGCCGGCGAGCGGGCGCAGCUCACCAGCGAUGUGGCCACCUUGAGUGUGAGACUGGCCCAGGCCAAUUUCAAUAUUGCCAAGCUGCAGCGGGAAAUUGAACGCUACAAGGCUGACAUUAGCCUGGCCAUCCAAUUGCUGCAGUGCAAGCCGGAUAGUUUUGUGCCCCAGAAAGUGUCCUCGCUACCCAUUGAUAUUCAGUCGAAGGUGUCGGCAUAUAUGCGAUUGGAGACGAACUCCCAUUCCGAUUCCGAGUGCAGCAAUAGCGGUGUGGGCGUGGCCACCACAGCUUCCUAUAAAGUGCUUCCGGCAUCAGAUUCACCGCCACCAUCAGCCUGCCCCUUUCCGCCCACGGCGAUGGUGUAUUCGAUGAGGGGACUCGGUAGGUAUGCGGCUAAUGGAAAUGCGGUUAAUAAUUCCCAGACAGCAGCAAAUCAGCCCACAAAUAAUAACCUAAAGGAUACCAAGGACUCUAUAAAUAACAACAAUCACAAUAAUAAUAACAACACAACCACAACAGCAACAACAACUGGUAGCAGCAGCAACAACAAGUGCAACAAUCAAACAACAACAACAAAUCACACAACAACCAGCAAUAAUAACAACAGCAAUAACAACAAUCCGGAUAUGAUUUCGCCCACAAUUAUGGCCAAGUUCCUGGAGGAUGAGCUAAAGGCGAACGAGGUGAAGCAUUGCGACACUUGUCAGUGCAGCAAACAGGAUCUGCAGGUCCUGGCAGAUGUCUCGCGUUCCUAUACGGUGGCCACCCAGACACCGCAUCAGUUCCAUCAUCAGUUAGUCCAGGGCUCUUCCUCCGGUUUGACCGAGCCACUGACCCAACUCUGCCUGCGGUGUCACAGCAAUCUGAACUCUCCCUCGAGGACCAACAGUCCGUAUCUGAUGAAGCUGGUCAAGUCCAGUGAUUCGGUUAUAUCGGAGACCAAGAGUUCCGUUUCAGAUCUGAAUGACAUGGACAAGCUCUUUACGCCGGCCAAAAAGGAUGACCUGAUGGUGAAUCCCAUACUGGGACAUCAUCGUCUUUGCGAGAGAACAGCGAUUCCGGGCGGACAGUCCCAAGAUUAUGUAAAUGGAAAGCUUACCACCUCUACAAUGAUGUAUCCAACGACCCAUUUGGGUGCCUAUGCUGCGGAGAAGUAUCUCCUAGAGACGAGUAAUCUCGGGCAGCUGAGGAGCAACUAUCAAAGGAGGUUCCUGGAUGGCGGUGGCACUGCCCUCCAGUUACUGAAUAAGUAUGAAACGGGAGCGGUAGCUGGAACGACCACGGAUGAGUUGGAGGAUGAGUCCAGUAAGCCACUGCUGGCGGGGAUCUCUCAGGCUAAUCUUUCAGAGGUGGAGCAACCUCUUCCUCCGGCGCCUCCACAGCUGCAGACAGUUUCCAAAUUGGAGGAUGUGUGUGAAACGACGCCGGCGAGUAAGACUGUGACACCUGUGGCUCCACCAGGAUCUACAGCUGCUCCUGCACCUCCUGCAGCCCCUUCAGCAGCAGCUCAGCUCAAGUCCACCAACUCGGGAAGCGUCCAGAGCCUGUGGAGCAAUAAGACCAGCAGCUGUGAGGGGGCCAAAAUGUUUGAGACCUUCAACAGGAAUCUCAUCAAAACAAUCAAGGCGGAGAACCCCAAAUACCGAGGACCACGCCUGUGUGCCAUGCGGAUUCAGCAGAAUGGACAGAGUAACAUUCUCCUAGACAACCUAGAGUCCAUAGAGACCUACACACCGGUCAUCUACAAGCGACGAGAGAAACUCCUUGACGAGGAGCUCAACGAUGGCAAGGAUAUCAUCACCAGCAAGGAGAGCAAUGCCCAGGCAGCUGUCGAAGCCUGGCAAGGACCAGCAGUUCCCCACGAGAAUGUGGCCCUUCAGCCUGUGCUGGAACCCCAAGUUGAGACUGCCGAGGACGAAAAGGAGGAAAUCAAGGCUGGUGGAGAGGUGCCUGCUGCAGGGAAUUCCCCAAAACAUUCCGCCAACUCCAGUUCCAUAAGCGAUGCCAUCGAUUACCAGGAGAGUGUCCUUUUGCGACGACAGCAGCUCAGUCGAGUGGCUGAAUGGGUGCAGCAUAAUACCCAGCAGUUGGAGCAAAGGAAUCUCCAACAGCCACCGGCGGCCACAAGUGAUUCCAAUUCGGGCACCGAAAGGCAAUCCUCAUACUCCACCCUCGAUCGCAUGGACUCCAUAUCCAUAGAGAAACUAUCCAUGGAUUCGGGCUAUAAGACCACACCGCAGCAGCUCACCAAUGGCUAUCCGGAGAAGUCCACGGAGGACUCACUCUCACCCAAAACGGAUAUCACAAGCAAUUCCCUGCAGCAGGAGACCACUGUGCCACCGGCGCCAUCAUCGUCGUCCAAGAAAACGGAAAUGUGCACCACUUACUAUAGGAGAACCACCAGAUCGGGUCUGCCGGUGGCCUACACCACCACCACCACGGCAGCGGCUACGUCAGUUGGUGGAGUUAGCUCUGCAGUUGGAGUUACUUUGGAGGAGUCCACCUCCUCCGGAUCGGAUGCUUUGAUCUGUCCCGAACAGCCCACGUGUGAUAUACUCAACUAUAAAUAUUAUCCCAAUGAUACGGACAAGACGAGGUCCGUUCAGGCGGAGCUGCACACGACCACCCAAAAUGUGGACAUUGCCCAGAUGGAGUACAAUGUGAAGCAGUUUCUGCUCAAGCAAAAUGAGUGGUCCAUGAAUGGAGGAGCGGCUGGAUCAAUAGCUGGAACUGGAGGAGGAACAAUGACCGGCAUGGGAGCAAGGCUAAUGCAGCGACGUAUCCUGGGUCCUGGCGUUGGAGAACGUGUGCGAAUGGCCACACCCGGCGGUGCGGUGGCCAGUCAAUCCUCCGGCAUCCUGCCACCCCACAGAACUGAAACGAAUUUAUAAGCAAACGGGGUCAAGGGACACACGGAUUCGUAUCGUGAUUACGAUCCGAAGAGUAAACCAAUCUGUAUUCUAGUCUAGUUUUGCUACUUUUAGUUUCAUACUAAGCACACCCCAGCUCUAUAUAUAUAUAUAUAUAUGGCUAAGCAAUGCUUUAGUUAUUAACUUAAAGUGGGUGGAGAGGGGCUCUCGGCAGAUGCUAAACACAGCAAAUAGCAAUAAUACUAUACAUAUGUACGAUAAAUGUAAUACUUAUCUACGAUCUAAGCUAGCUAAAGUUGCUUUUGAGCUAUAUAACUAAGCUGAUAAUUAAGAUAGUCACAAGGGGAUGGAUAUAGAUGUGGCCUUGGUUGAUUCUUACUUGGUUAAUGUUUAUAUAACUAUCUUUAUAAUUAUAUUUCUUAUGAUUUACUUUAUUAUUUUCCUCUCAGUCUUCCCUUAGUCACUAAUUUCCCCUCUUAAUUUGGCAUAAAGUCUUCCUUAGACCUUUUAAACAUCUUCUAAAUAUACCCCCAAACCAAGGCCAUAAAAACCAUUAUCCCCGUAGCAAUUGCAGCUAAAACCAAAAGCAAAUCUAAGACAUAUGAUAAUGGUUACUCCCAAUGAUAUAUAUAUAUACAUCUAUAUAUAUAUAACUUUUUGAUGUCUGCAUGUUAAUAUAACCCACGAAGCCAUUCGAGAGAACUUUACCCAAACGCAAGCUUAGGUUACAACAGAAAAUUAUAUAUACAUAAAUUAUAUUUAUAGGAAUAUACAGAUAAUUAUGCUAUAUAUACGAUUGAUAUUUGAUAAGCGCGUUAUAUUUUCUAGAUUCCGAUUGUGCAAUAUUUUUUAGUAGCAUGAAAACCAAAAAGAAAUGAAAACGAAUUUUUAUUUUUAUAAAAUGCGACCAAAAAAGAGAAACCGAAAAAGGGGAAAGAAACUUAAUCCCUAUUCUGAUUUUCGAUUCACAAAUUUUUUUGCUAUUUGCUAAUUCUAUUGAGCAUUUUUUGUCCAGCUUAGCGCUAUAUAUAGCAGACCCGAUCGAUCAAGAUAUAUACAUUCACAUACACACACACACAAGUACUGUACCUUCUUAGUGACAAAGGAUUUUUGCCGGAGAAAAAAAAACGAUAAGAAACUGUACUCAUUCCUGCCCAUUAGAUGACCUUCAUAUACUUAGAGAACUGUAACCCUCUGCUAUAAUUGCUAAAUAAACAAAAAAGAUAUACCAUAAAUGCCAUGCUAUAUACACAACAGACACAGACAUUUGCAUUAUAAACGUAUCUGAAACAGACAUAUGAUUGUAAUACCCACAUAUAUAUAUAUUUACAUCUAUAUAUACAUAAAGCGUACUUAUAUUAUAAAUCAAAAAAUCGAAAUCGAAAUCGAAAUCGAAACCGUGUAUUCAACCUAUAUACGUGUAUAUCCAAACCCACAAGAACCCACGACAAAAAACAAAAACGAAACAAUAUUCAACGGCUUCAGAAAAAUCCAAAACCAAAAACCAAAUACUUUUCUAUGUAAUCCCCCCUCCUCACACAUCAAUCAAAAUUAUCAUGAGGAAUAUUUACUCGAUAUUUACACACCUAAUACACGGCUGCUACAUAUAUUUCUAUAUCUAUAAGGGGGAAUACCCUUAAAAGUCCUUCAGUGAUUUGAAAUCUUUUUAAAACAUAAAAGCAUAUCUUUCGGUAUCAUUUUUUAAGAGAGAUUUCAAAUCAUCAGAGACUUUUUUUGGGUAACCCCCGCUUUUAUCUAUAUAUCUCGAUUACUUUACCACGUAUACACUGAGCGAAAUGCUAAAACGGAAAUGCUUUAAGACACUGUUAUGUUUGGCCUACUUAUAUAAAAACAUUUAAUUAGCAUAAAUUCAAAUCGUAUGGAUAGGAUGGAAUGGAUCCAUCUUCGAACCUCUGCCUGUUACGCACUUUAUCCUAUAAUGAUAUAUAUUAUCGAAAAGAAAAUCAAAAAACUAAAAGAAAAACUCUUAUUAAGUUCAUGUACCAAUCUCAAAGAAGACUUAACUCGACUAAGUAACUAAAUCAUUUCCGAUAAUCACACUCUCACACACUCCAAACUUUGCUCCUUCGCCUGUAACUCAGUGCUCAACGAACCAGUUUUCCAUUAUCCAAAGUAAUUAUAUAUCAAAAAAAUCUCACAGAAAAAAAGCUAUUCCCUAAAACAAUAGAACACUGCCCCCGCAAAAUCCACACACACUGCCCCAAAAUAAAUUCCCUUCCUCUCUAACUUUAAGUAGCAACAUUCUCCAGCUCAAGAAA